CGAGGAAGUUUAUUACUAUCCCUGUCCAUGUGGUGAUCAAUUCCAAAUAUCUCUUUCCGACCUAGCCGCCGGCGAAGAAGAGGUUACAUGUCCCUCGUGUUCCCUCGUGAUCAAGGAAACACGAGAAGCAAUAUCAAGAACAAAAUGGCAGGACGCGGUAGAGGAAAAUCUGCUAUGUCCUUUUCUAUGGAACAGUUGGGUAUCUCUAAAGGAGAAACACUAUCAACACCAGUUCUGCAACCAUCUUUAAGUUAUCCUCCAUUGGAUCAUAAACCUCCACCUAUUCAAAUAACCAACGAAAUGGAGUAUCUAGUAGAAUUGAAAAGGCAUUUCACUGAAUAUAUGCGAGAGUCACCAUAUUAUGUGAAAGCUGCUAUUAUAAAUGAAGAUAUUGAACGAUACAGCGAUGCUUUUAAAGAAGAUUUCACAGACAAUGAUGAAUCAAAAUAUGAGGCGUAUCAUGAUUGGAGCUUAAUGCCAGAGGAAUUAAGAGCGUUGAAGAAACGAAAACCCUGGCAGCAGAAAGGAAAUAAGAAGAAAAAAGACAUGGAUAUUGUGAAAAAGUUAUCAGAAUUGGAGAAAAAAGAAAAUAUGCAACACCCUGCAGAAGAGGAAGAUAAAGAAGGGAAUGAAGAAGAGAAUGAUGAAGAAAAGGAAGAUGGUGUAAAGGAAGAGGAAGAAGAUGAAAUGGAUGAUGGGACUGAUUAUGCAAAUGAAUACUUUGAGAAUGGCGAUAAUUACUAUAGUGAAGAUGACAAUAAUGACGAUCAAUUUUUUGAUGCAUAAAUACUUGUGUUUCAGAAAAAUUUUUUUUUAUAUCUUGGCUCUUUUAUAUCUGUCAGACAUUUUCACGCUUUAAUCACAAAUAGAAUUGAAAAGGCAUUUUACCGAGUAUAUGCGAAUAUAGAUAUGUCACCAAAUUAUGUGAAAGUUGUUAUUGAAAAUGAAAAUAUUAAACAAUAUAAUAAUGUUUUUAAAGACAAUUUCACAGAAAAUGAUGAAUCAAAAGAUAAGUUAAGGGCGCCGAGAAACUGAAAACCCUUUUACUGCAAAUUCACUUAAAUUACGCAAAGAUUUUUAUUUUUUAUAAUUUUUCAGUUAAUUUUAAUAUCAAUGUUUGGAGAAAAUCGAUUAGCGCAUAGAUUAAACUGACAAUGUGAAAAGAUUGUGCACAUAUGUCACUACUAAACAUAAUAUAGGUUGAAUAAGCAACAUUGAUUUACUUUUUUUUUCUUAGAACAAAUUCUCCAUAACAUCGUUUUUCUUGUUCUUCUAUUAUCUCUCUGGCUGUAUUAUAUACCUCUCUCAUAUGCUUGUGGUGUGUUGAUUAUUGCCACGAGUAUACGAAGUCUACAAUUUUAAUGCCGGUUCUGAACGACGGAUUUUUCGAGAGGAAUUUCUGUGAACAAAGAUGCUCUCUAGAGGUUGCUGAUCUUUUUCGAGAGAAGACAUGAGUGUAAAUAUUUGAUUGCUACCAAGAUCGAAUCUGGGACUUCUGGCAUGAUAGACCAGUGUAUUGUCUGCCAUGUCACUCUCAUGCUCGUUAAUGUCGAUUUUUAAUUUCAAAUAACGAUGGGAUAUAAAUACGUUUAGUUUUUCUUUGCUGUCCUCUCGUUAUUAAUUGAGGGAAGGAAAGGAUUCAUCAUAACAUGUGGAUAUAAUUUGAAGUAGAGGGCACAUAGCGUAACAAUUAAAAUAGUCUAGAAAUCACAGGAAGCGUCGGCGUGUUUUUUUAUUACGAGUAUUUCACAAUUUCUAAUAUAUAAUAUAUUUAUAUAAUAUAUAUAGCCAUAAUAAUCUGCAAUUGUAAUAAAUGACCCUUUUCUAUGAUGCCAUCGGAUAGUACAAACGCAAUUUUCUUGGGAUGAGUGACUGGGAAAAUGGAAGAGGAGGAAAGGGUAAAAAUAUAGAGGAAUGAUGUGUAGAAUACCCAAAAAUACCAUAGCGUUUAUAAUGCUCGUUAUGUAUAUACGUUAAGUUUUAGUGAUUUCAUCCCGUGUUUAUAUAUGUAUAUAUUUUUUUCCUUUAUUUUUCUAAUGAAUUGCCGACACGAAUUAAGCGCUUUAAAAAUCCGUGUAUUAUAAGGAUGAAACAAAAAUUAAAUCGCAGAGAGAAAAAGUUUUCCGAACUCCCGUAAAAUUUCCAGUCACUGGAUCAUUCGUCGUCGUUCUAAGACCGAGUCCGUCAUCAGAGGAUAUCUUAGGACUAUUGAGAGAUCCGAAUUCUUUGAAUAAAUAAUCCGGAUAGAGAAAGAAAUUGCGCGAAAUUUUUCUUUCGUUUGACACGAUGUGAUGUAAAUUUAGAGUGUGAUGGCAGUAAAUCGCAAAAAUAAUUCCAUUCGUUACUACUUUUUUUUAUCAAAAAUUUGGAAUUCUUCGACCGAGUCAAGUCAUUUUAAGUUGCAAAGUUUAAUAAAGCACUUGGGAGUUAUCGCAAACGAUUUGAACUUAAUUAUUUAUAUAACGAGCCGUAUAUCUUUCAUGCGGAAUUAUGCGUGCAAAAAAAUAGUACAUCUUUUAUAUUUCGUGAAUAUUUAAACGAUAGAAGAUCAAUAACAGUAUCAGAUCGAUACUAAUUGAACCAAUUAAACUACAAGGUACGGUAAUAAAAG